AGUUGUCAUAUUCUCUUCAGCGAACUUUCGAUGUCGAGAAUGAUUAUUUCCACUCAAUAUGUACACUGUGUGGUAAUUUCUGACAAUCCGUUGUUGUUGGUUGUCAGAUAUAACUCAUACUCUGGGCAGGCAUUCAUCACGUAUGACUAAACAUUUGGCCAUGCCUGGCAGAAUCAAUCCAAUGCUAACAAUAUGAUAUCCAGCGUUGUAUGUUUAGUAUUACAUGGAGUCGACAGCAAUUAGCUCACGUCUACCUGUCGAGUGGUUUAAUCUUCAAGUUCAACUGCACUGUCUACGCUAUUUAAAAAAGGACACAUUUUUUUUUGCUGCCAUUCAACUGCAGCUAGUAGAAUUAGCUUUAGUAUAAUAUGGCGAAAAGUAGAAUCAAGUCAGUAAAGGUCCUGUCACUAUCGCCUGUGCAAAGUAGGGGAACUACUAGGCGUACUAGUUAAAGUUAAAAUUAAAAAAAGAUUUUGAAUACACGUGAACUAUUUCAGACAGAUUAGAGCCAACUAUACACUCGCUAAUUUAUAUUUGCAGGUUGUUUUAAUUUGAGUAAAAGUCUACCAACAGUACUAACAUCUUGCUGUCAGUUUCUUACGAAAGUAGAACGUACCGUAACAAUUGCAUUUAGUAUCAAGUACCUCGAGUUUACUUUCAAACAGAAAGCUGGAAGAAAAUGUACAUGAACCCUUUGGAAUUGUACCAGGAUUUUUGCAUAAAUUGGGAAUAAAUGGCGAUCUGAUCAUCUGUUGAAAGUAAUACCACACAAACAAUGAUAUAUCUUAAUGUUUGUUUUUUUGGAUGCACGAUGUUAACAUUAUGGGUAGAGGGUGAAAAAAAUAUGUGAAGGACCAAUAGUCCAAAAUUCCUCUUGACUGCUGUCCAUGUCUGACCUGCAACUUAAAGAAUUAAACAUUUGGUUGAGGUCAUUGUUGCCAAAAGAAGACCAACCAGUUAUUAAAUUCAAAGAUUCAAAAUUCAAAUCGUUUUUCCACCCUCCCCUAUGAUAUUUACAUGUUUCAGUUAGCCAAAACAUCAACACAUAGUCUGUGUGGUAUUAGUUUAAGAAAAUUGUGUGUCAGUUGUUCUGACGUAUAUGAUCAGAUAACAUUUUGUGACCAAUAUAUGAAGCCAUCCAGGUAAUUCCCAAAGGUUCAUAUACUGUACAUUUUCUUGCAACAAUGUGUGAUGCAGGGCAGUUUCAGCGUAUACAGCCGCUACGCUACCACAAUUGACAUUGUGUUACAUAAAUAACCCUUUGGCUGGUUUAAUCAUAGCUUACUUGAAAAUAUCUUUGUAGAGGCAGCUUUAAAUAUUUAUAUAUACUUCUUAAAUUUCAUACAAUUAUAUUGUGAAGGGCGGCACGCCAGUGGCCGACUGGUUAGAGCGUCAGCCUCACAGUUCUGAGGACCCGGGUUCAAUCCCCGGCCCCGCCUGUGUGGAGUUUGCAUGUUCUCCCCGUGCCUGCGUGGGUUUUCUCCAGGCACUCCGGUUUCCUCCCACAUCCCAAAAACAUACAUAAAUUGGAGACUCUAAAUUGCCCUUAGGUGUGAAUGUGAGUGCGAAUGGUUGUUUGUUUGUAUGUGCCCUGCGAUUGGCUGGCAACCAGUUCAGGGUGUACCCCACCUCCUGCCCGAUGACAGCUGGGAUAGGCUCCAGCACGCCCGCGACCCUAGUGAGGAGAAGCGGCUUAAAAAAUGGAUGGAUGGAUAUAUUGUGAAGGUGGCUAUGGUGGCUGUCCCGGCGGUGCUUGGCAUAGCCUCCAUCAGAGUCUACACCAUCAGUGAAGUGCCCACUGAAGGCCUUAUUACUCGAGAGAAGCUGAACAUCUACACCCCAGUGACAAAGUCUGCUCAGGUCCAGCGUGUUGCUGAUCAGCCAGGGCUAAUCGAAAGUGGCCUAACUACAGCAAGAGAAGGUCUACUACCCUUUGUCCAUGUGGUGAAGGGAGCCUGCGUCUCUGUGAAAAGAGGAAGUGUAAAUCUGUACCACGCUGGAGAGGAUGUAUACUAUUACUUGAAAGAUCCUCCUCCAGGUUUCCUACCUAGGUUUGGCACCAUCACCAUGGCUGGUCUACUUGGCAUGUUCUUGGCACAAAAAGGCUCUCGUUUAAAGAGGAUUGCAGUUCCAUUGGGUCUUAUGAGUGCUGGGGCAUCAGUGUGCUACCCAGCCCAGGCAGUGGCUGUCUUUAAGGUGACAAGCAAGAAGAUGUAUGCUGCAGGCCAGUGGAGCCGCGCUGCCAUGGGUUCACUGUUCACCUCUAAGCCCCCAGAGCCUGAUGCUGCUCCACGGCCACAGGCAACUCAUGUGCCGCCUCCAGAGACUGCAGUGGUUGAUGAGCCUCGUCACGCCUCAGAGCCAGGCUCAGCACAGAGCCUUGCCAUCUCAGACACUGAGGCAAAAUCAGUGGAGUGUGUUCCAGCCGCUGAUAAACUCAUCAUUGCUAUCACAGCACAAGAACCGUCAGUCGCACUCACAGAAAUCUCAGCCGAGCAGUUCCCCGCAGAGAGAGACUCAGAAUCAGUGGACUCUGUUCAACAUGAGAUGCCUCAAGCCUCCAAAGAAGCACCAGAGGGCGCCCUUGCUGUAUCUGACGAUGCUGUCACUUCAUCAGUGGGCAUCUCUCUGUCUUCUGAUGGCACCCACGCUGAUACCCUGCCUGCUAAGCCCACACUAAGUUCAGAACCACAUACCGAAGAGUCUGCUCAAGUUGAAUCGGCUCCAGCUGAGGUUCCCGCUUCCACAGAGGAGCCCCCUACUCCAAAGACCUCAAAUGAACCAGCAGUACCGGUUGUGGAGUCCAAAGAAUCGGUGGCCGCUGGAUUGGGAGAAGAAGGAUCGCAGGCACACAAGCUUGCUGAACAGCCAGCUGCAAACGGCAAAGGGGGCUCUGAGUUUAGCCCAGAUCCUGCCCUCUUGGACUAUGGCCAGUCCAAUCCUGAGGACGAAGACCUAUACAGCACUCACUGAUAAGCCCGGCACAUCUCAUCCAGAUUGACACACACUGUCAUCACACCGCAUAAAAGGUGCAUUUUUUUACAAAUAUGAAAACAGUCUAAUUCCUGCCACAACGUUUGACUCCCUGUACUAUGUUGAGAAAAAAUAAAACUGUUUGAAAGAGUUUUGUGGAAGAACAUGUGUACAUGUGUCCUACAGAUGGCUGGCUUUGUAUUCCUUCCACUCUUUGAUAUUUAGCAAAUAUUUUCAGGUUAUUUUUUAUUUUUUUUGCAGUCCCCAUUGUCCUGAAUGCACCAUAUUGACUAGGUGGAAACAGUGUGUCAUCUGUAAUGAUUAUGAAAAAAACAAUUCAUGUAAAGUUGUGCAAUUUUGUUAUCGCCCAGAAUUGUCUUGAUGAAUUGAUUGAAGAAGUCAAAUAAAUCUAUAUUUUUCAUGAA